AUGUGGCUUAAAGCGACACAGUUAUCCUAGACGUAAUCUACGCCGCGUGCAACACAACCGAGCGUUAGCCAAAGUGUAGAAAGUGUAUAAAGUGUGUAUAAAAAUUGUGGUGAAAAAUAAGCGUUGCUACAUUUUUAAUUUGUGCAAGUGCCACUAAUUCGAUUACAAAGUAACUGACACGAUUUUGUGGCACAACAGAAAUAACGGUUGCAACUUUUAAAUUGCCAUUAAAAAGUGAAUCUCUGGAGAAAAAAUUCCAACAGCUUGAAAUAGCGCAAAAAAAGCAAGCAACAACAACAAGCACAGUCAGCAAUUGAAUUGUAGCGAAAAUUCGGCGCCAUUUGGGGAAGCCAACGACGACAGUCCACCAGCAGCAAUAACAGCAAAAACAAUAACAGAGCCACAUAACCACCGAACCAACGGCGACACGCACCAGCAACAACAAGCAACCAAGACACAUACACACAUACACUCUCCUAACACAGAGGGAAUCUCUAUAAAAGUGAAAUUUUUGCCACACGACGCCCAAUAAAACAACCGGAAACACAAUGGUAACAGCACAACUGGCAAUUCGACGCAACAACGCCAACAACAACAACAGCAAGCAGCACAAAAUCAACAAGAAACAGAGUGGAACUCUGUGCAGCAGCAGCAGCAACAGCAAUGGCGGCAGCGCCAGCGCCCAAGUGAAAUGUCGCCGCGGUGGCGUCGGUGUGGCCUCAGCGCCAACGCUCAGUCUCGGCUUGUGGCUGCUGCCCGUGCUGUUGGUGUUGUUGGCGUGGCAGCAGCAGCCAUGCGAGGGACGUUAUCUGCCGACAAGGUCACAUGGCGACGAUUUGGAUAAAUUGCGCGAAUUAAUGUUGCAGAUUUUGGAAUCCAGCAACGAAGAGCAACGACCACCCAACGAGGCUAAUGGCAAUACAUUGGCGCAACGUGCCUCCUGGUUAAACAAGUUGAAUGCCAUGGAUGGUGUGGAUACGCAACGAAAAUAUGGCACACGUGGCAUCUACGACAAUGGACGUUACUAUUAAAUUACAAACCGCGAUGGAAAGAAGUAGAAAAAUAUGAGAAAAGAAGUUAAGUGAAGGCGUUGACGACCAAAAAAUAUAAUGAAAUUAAACCAAAACCACAUUGAAGACAAACAAGAGUAAGCGCGAAGAUUGUAAUGUGCCAAAAUGAUCAAAGAAUAUAGAAAGUGAAGUAAAAGCGUUAGUUAUAUAAAAAGAUAUUUUUGAUUUUGGAAUUGCCAAUUAUUAUUUAAUGCACGUUUUUCAUAUAUAAUAGGGUAAAAAAUAUGUUAAGGAAAUAAUUUAAAAAAUGUUCAAAGUUAUUACAAGCUCCUUAGCAGAAAAGAGAGAUUUAGAUAAAAGCUAUUAGAGAUGAAAACUUUCGCUUUAUUGAGUAAUAUUAGGGCUAGAAAGCUUUCACUUUAAUUCUUUUAAUGGUAUUGAAAGUUUUUAAAGAGAAUUAUAUUGGGAUAAAAAGCUUUCAUAUUGUCUGUUAUUGAAUUAUAUUAUUGCUCGAAAGCUUUCACUUUGGCUCUUCAUGAACUGAUAACGAAAGCUUUCUUGCAAGUUGUUAUAGAUUUUGUUUUUGUAAAUGCCUUUGAUACAAAUCCAUUAGCUUAUAACAGUAUUCACCGAAAGCUAUAAGAGCAAGCAUUUUUUGUGGUUUGCAAAGCAUAAUUUAAAUACCGUUACUUGAAUUUUUGAUAAUUGAGACCUAUAAAUAUGGUCAUAUUUAAAAGUUUUAUCUUCAUUUUCCCCGCUGGAGCAACUGAGCUUUAAGCUCAAAUGGAAGUGAAAGCUUAAGUAGGAAACAUUUUAGAAGAGUGUAAUAUAAUUUGCAUUUUUUCUCUGCCCUUUAAAAAGUUCUACUUCCUGAAUUAAAAUAUUUUGUGUCUUUGGAGCUUUCAAGUUCUGUGGAAAUAUUUGCAAAAUCACAAAAUAUUUGGUAUGCCUAUUUAAAAAACUUUUGAAAAAUAAGAAAGUUCUUAAAUUUUGUAUUUUAAUAUAAAAGUUUUUUCGAAGCUUUUUUAAAGCUUUUGAUUGUAGCAAGUGAACGUUUAAUAAAAAAUUACCUGUUUUAUGAGUUUUCUUAAUCAAUCUAUUUAAAAAGUAAUGCCAUAGUCAAAGUGAAAGCUUUUGAAGUAGCUAGCUUUCAGGUUAUGUUACUAAUUUUCUCUUUGCUGAGGAGCUUUUUGGGUUCAUUUAUAUUUUUUGACCAUUUUAUCGUGCUAGUUAACUUAUUUUAGUGUUUAUUUAAAUGUAAAAGCAUAGAACUUAGUGAAAAAGGCAAGCUUACGCCUGCGAAUAGAAUUUUCGAGAUUGAAUUGAAUUUUCGAGACUCAUUGAUUUUUAAAAUCUUUGCAAAUUUAUAACAAAAAUACUGUUAAUUUCUCCCAACAAAAUUAUAACAAUUUGUAGUAUAUACAUAUUCAUCGAUCUAUAUACUCGUAUGUAUGUGCUAAACCUAUUUGAGUAAAGAAAAUCUUUAAAUGUUCCUAUAUAUGUAUGUAACAACAACAAUAAUUAACCAUAUGUAUGUAUAUUAUAUUUAGCUUUUAGUAGAAAAAUGUUUGCCAUGAAAAUGUUAUUUUUAGCAAUUUAAUCAUUCAUAUAUGGAUAUUGUGUAAUUGUAUUUAAGUGAGCGGCGGACAACAAAAACAACUGUUAUGUAUUAUAUGUAUAUGUAAUAUGUACUAAACAUCUACUCCUAACUAUUAUAACUGUAAUUGUAAAUGUUGACAUGAAAACAAUAAUUUUUCGUAGUUUUUAGGCCAAAGCAAAUACAAACGUGGAAAAUACCGAAAAAAACAUUAACAAACUAAAUGAGUUAACAGUAAAUAUUUUAAAUAAAAUUAUAUAUAUAUACUUAUAUAUAUUUAUAGUCAAGGCGAUAGCAAAAUAAUACGUUCUAUACCAAAUGAAAACAUUUUAAGUGAAAUUUUAAAUAAAUACUCACAUAUAUACUCGUGCAUAUGUAUGUUGUAUCAAUCAAACCUGGGCAGCUUUAUGUUUGAACAAUAAAUAAAAGAAAACUAAAAUA